CGCUCACUAAUUUCCGGUGCUGGCGGACAACGCACGCGGACAGGUCGAGAGCGAGUUGCCGCGAGCGGGCAUUUUACUAAAUUUUUUACUGCAAUCGAUUUAUUAUUUAUUAUACCUCCGUCGGUGGUGCGUGCAGCAACUUGUGUCGUACAAUGUCCAAUAAUUCAGCACCGGAUUGUUGGGAGUCGCAGGCAGACUCCACAUCUACAAACAACUCGCCAACUAAGCCCGCGGACGUUACGACCAAGUUUUCCACGUUGAACGUCAACGCAGUCGAAUUCGUGCCUUCAUUCGGUUCGUUUACCGCACCAGCCGCGAGUGACGACGACGCGUCGCCGACGGAGGAGGCGGCCGCCUCCGACUCGCCUGAACACACACCGAUCCUCAAUGGCACGAAUACGGAGAGCGCUGAACGAAUCGACGUUAAAGAACCACCACCUAUUCCACCCGCUGACGGCGAUGCAUCACCAGGUGGGGGCACCUGGGAGGAUGUGGCCGAGGACAACGACCCCAUCCUUACCCCCGAGGGCGAUGAAGAAGAGCCCUCGUCUGAGGAGGCGCCUAAGAUCGUGAAGAAAAAGCUCGCUAAGCCCGAGGAAGCAUCCAAGAACAAGAAGGAGCAUGUCAAUGUCGUGUUUAUCGGCCACGUGGACGCGGGAAAGUCCACGAUUGGCGGCCAGAUCAUGGCUCUCACUGGUAUGGUGGACAAGCGCACGCUGGAAAAGUACGAACGUGAAGCCCGCGAAAAGAGUCGCGAGUCAUGGUACUUAUCGUGGGCACUGGACACCAAUCAAGAAGAGCGGGAUAAAGGCAAAACAGUGGAGGUGGGUCGCGCCUACUUUGAGACUGACAAAAAGCACUUCACGAUCCUGGACGCGCCCGGACACAAAAGCUUCGUUCCUAACAUGAUCAGCGGCGCUGCACAAGCCGAUCUUGCCAUUCUGGUGAUAUCGGCGCGCAAGGGCGAAUUCGAGACAGGCUUCGACCGUGGCGGACAAACUCGCGAGCAUGCUAUGCUUGCGAAAACCGCCGGUGUGAAACAUCUGGUCGUGCUUGUCAACAAGAUGGACGACCCCACCGUCAACUGGGAUGAAGCACGCUACAACGAAUGCAAGGAUAAGAUUCUUCCUUAUCUGAAAAAGUUGGGCUUCUAUCCUGCGAAGGACCUCAGUUUCCUGCCCUGUUCGGGCCAAACUGGUCAGGGUCUCAGGGAGCAAAUCGAUGAGAAGAUUUGUCCGUGGUAUAGAGGACCAGCGUUCAUACCUUUCAUCGACGAUCUUCCAUCGCUCAAUAGGAUAGUCGACGGACCAUUCAUUAUGCCCAUUGUUGAUAAGUACAAGGACAUGGGUACGGUUGUAAUGGGCAAAGUGGAAGCAGGCGAGUGUAGGAAAGGCACAAAUCUUAUGAUUAUGCCAAAUAGGACGCCUGUGACCGUAGACCAGCUGUGGUCCGAUGAUGAUGAAGUGGGACAGGUCGUAUCCGGCGAAAAUGUGAAAAUUAAGGUAAAAGGCGUGGAAGAAGAGGAUGUGUCGCCUGGUUUCGUGCUCUGCGACGCCGCAAAUCCAAUUCGCACCGGCCGUAUCUUUGACGCGCAACUCGUCAUCCUAGAACACAAAUCAAUCAUUUGCGCCGGCUACAGUGCAGUCAUGCAUAUCCAUUGUGCAGCUGAGGAAGUCACCGUUAAAGCCUUAAUUUGUUUGGUAGAUAAGAAAACCGGCGAAAAAAGUAAAACGCGACCUAGGUUUGUAAAGCAAGAUCAAGUAGCCAUAAUGAGGAUAGAAUGCGCAGGCGUCAUUUGCCUCGAAUCGUUCAAACUAUUUCCACAAAUGGGACGAUUUACACUACGAGAUGAAAAUAAGACUAUUGCCAUUGGAAAGGUACUCAAAGUCGUAGAGUAAGUCGUAUUACUACUGUAAUGAAGACUAGGCCGUAAGAUAUACUCUAAAUUUACAUCAAUCAAGUAAUGCAAACUACGAAAAAGGCAACAAACAAAGCAAAACAUAGCGAAAACUAAACCAGACACAAAAAUAAUGAAGUGAACGAAUAUUUCGUUUUUUAUACGCGUAAAAUUCUUGCUAAACUUCGAAAUCGGUAAUGGUAAACACAAAAGAAACGAAAUUUAUUUAUAUAUUCAUAGAGCAGAAAAUUAAUUACACGACACUUAUGAAGCUAAAUGUUCGCUAAUCCGAAGCAGCAAGAAGAUAGAGAAAAAAUUGUUACGACUAUUAUAUAUUGUGCAAAUGUGAAAAAGAAAUUAUGAAGAUGUCAAUGAUUUACUAAUGGGAAUGUGGUGAGACGGUAUAAAAGUACGAUGACAGGUACGCAGUUCUAAAACGCGCUGCGACGUUUACAGAAUUGCCGACAUUUGUAUAUAUAUACAUGCAUAUAUAUACAUGUAAACUAGUACAUAUGUGCAUAUAUAUAUGUAUAUCAGUUUCUCUCCUUCAAAAUCACAACCGCAUUUCGAAAGACGUGGAGAAAAGAAUCCUGUACAGUUGUUAAAUACUUAUUAGUUGAAUUUAAGAUGCAUGGCGAAAUGGGGGGGCCUGUGGAAGCAUUGCUGUAAUAAUGUUUUUGCUCGCCGAGGACCCGCAGUCACAUUUUGAUAAAUAUUAGGUGCGCUAUUAAACAUUAUGCGAGAGAUAAUUAUAGUAAUACGCGAAUCGUGAGUGUGGAAACGCAAAAGUUUAAAUAAUUGUUUAAUUUUAAUUAUUAUUAAUGGCCGUUAUUCGUUUUGUUUUUUUUAGGUUUCUGGUAUUUUUUUACGCGAAUCACCGCGCGAUCACAAGCAAUGAAGCAGAUAUGAUAGGACGAUAAAGAGAUAUAAUAUACUGGUCAUUAUUUAUAUAUUAUAUUUUUAUUAAUCUUUGAAUAAUGUUUACGCGAUUUGCGUUCGAUUGAUUGUACAACAUGAUGAGCGCCCCGGUUAGUUUUUAUAUUUAUUUUUAGUUGUAAUUUUAUUUAGGCGAUUUAACCUUGUGUUGCGCACAGAAAUAGGAUAUUAUUUUAAUUAUAAACUGGGGCGGAAUAGGGUUACAAAGAAGGGUGCUCAUUUUAUAGUUUUUUUACGAUUACAUUGCUUGGCUGGCUCUCCAAUUCUAGAUGGCUCUUUAAUUACUGCAUUCGCAAAGAAAAAUUCAAACGGCCUACGUCACACGCGUUUCGAAAGCAACCCAAUUGAUAUGCAUGUAAUAAAUAUAUACAAGGUUUCUUUUUCGAGUUUGCAUUUACAAGUGGAUUCUUGGCGAGGCUCGGAAGAAGGAAAAAAAAUGAAGGCGGCACAGAUUUUUACUUGUUACGAAUGAUUAGCAGAACGUCAAUGGCCAUUAAAUAAUUAUCAUUUCACAUGAGUUGCUCGCUGAAAUGGGCGGCCUCGGGUGGUAAACCGCGGGACGCGACCCGCCGCCAAGUUUCACGUGCUCAAAUUUCGAUUUCGACCGACACAAUUCAUGUUGCAGCCUUCAGCGCGCGUCGGCACAACGUCCAGUUCGACGCUGGCGCGCCAUUCCGUAGUCUUUCCGUGCACGCGGCGCCGGUUUACCCCUCGAAGUGCGUGCCAUUGCAUCACUGUGCAAAUACAUACGUGGCGAUGACAGAUGACGUUGAACAUAUUUUUUCAAAAUGAAUGGUCAUUGCAUUUCUGUGAUAGACAAAGCCAUUUGCAGUGUUUUUUACUGAUCAAGAAUAACUUACAAUUUAUUGAUGAUGACAAAUCGUAAUCGCAAACGAAACUCAGUAUAGCCAUCGAAAAUGCAGAUAUUUCGUGCUUGCAGUGUUCAAGAAUUUCAUAGAAGCGCAAUUUUUAAAGCUGUGAACGAGGGAGAUGAGGCAGAAACAAACAAACAGGUUUGAUCGGGGGAAGUGUGCCCGACGCCGCCACACCACAAUACGACGUUUCAGUUCCAACGGAAGAACGCGCUUCAUUUUUGUAAACAGACGUUUUAAAAGCCACCCCUGGACGAACGAGUGGAUGAUAAUCGCGUUGUGAGUUACUGAAACGUUCAUUUUGUACAUGUCUAGAUUACGUUUCUGCGUCCGUUUCUUCUCGCGGAGAGUUAAAUAUAAAAUUUAGAACUUGCCGAAUGUGCAUCGUUGGUAUGAUGUUUGUAUGAUUGAAAGAAAACCAAUUAAUUAUGCGAAAGAAUUACGUUGUUCGUUUCGUUGAUUUUUAAAAUAAUUUUUUCUUCACAUUCUGAUAUGUUAGACUAUAAAUACCUAUAUAAUAUAAAGAAAAAAACUACAACAAUUUUAUUGAUUACUUUUUGACGAAGAAUAACUGAAACAGACGUUAAGGAAUUAUUUACAACACGCAAGCGCGCUUCGCACAGGUGUGUUCGCGAAGCGUGCGAUUUCAACAAAUAUUAGUAAUCGAAACGAGUUUAAAUUUAAAAUGAAAAUAAUCAGAUGAGAUGAAAAAUAAUAACGUUGCUAUCAAUUUUAUAUAUUCAAUAAAAUUAUAAAAUUA